ACAUAGACAAAUUUUCCUUACGUGUGAAGGAUAUUUGAAUUAAUUAUGAAUUGAUACAAAAACAGUAAAAUAAAUAAAUAAACUAUACAAGAAAGCAAAAGGUUUAUGUAUUGUUGCUGAUAAACCUUUUAGACACCAGGCACUCAUAUGUGGCGCUGCGUUUGAGGUCUUGUGCCGUAUCCGGUGACAACAGCUUUAUUGAACAAUUUAGAUGAAAGAAAAUCAAAGCAGGCCUAAUAAAUGCCAAGUUUGAACCAACUUAUCCUGUAGCGUACAAAAGUAACAAGUACAUUUGAUUGAAAUAUAUUUGCACGAACAAUGUGAACCUUUUUUAUUUAAGUAAAAAGCUACUAUUUCCGAGUCACGCGAAUACAACACUAACGACCUAGCUUCUUGCUAACGCCACAAUGGAAAAUGCUUCUUCUUUGUGCUCUGUUGUUUCUCCCGAAGAAUACGAACUGAAGAAUUGUGACAGCUGUCCCACAAACGAUGGGUUAGUCGACGUUUUUGGAGAUCUGGCUGCUCUUCCGGUGGAAGUUGAAGAAAGAAGGCCAACGUGUUUACGGUGCCGCCGCCCUCAGAAGGUGUGUCUCUGUCCUUUUCUUCCACCACAGCCCUUGGAGGUGUCAACGUGUUUGUACGUAGUGCAGCAUCCUGCAGAGGAAAGUCGAGUGCUUCGGACCGUGCCUCUUCUUGCUGCUUGUUUGCCACAAGGAAAAUGCAAUGUCAUUGUAGGAAGAAGAUUCAAUGAGGAAAAGCAUCCAGAGUUAGCUGCUGUGUGUCGAGACGAGAGAACGCUCAUCCUGUACCCCGGUCCGAAAUCCCAGAACCUGGAGGAGUUGGUGCGACACAGAGAGAUCGACACUGUUAAACACAAUGUGAUCAUCAUAGAUGGCACCUGGAGCCAGGCUAAAAACAUGUUCCUGAAAAACAGCAUGUUUCACCUGCCGAGUCAGCUCAAUAGGACUCUGUCGAGCCAGUAUGUGAUCCGAACCCAACCUUCCAACAUUUGCCUGUCCACGUUGGAAUGUGCUGCUGUCGCCUUAUCAGUGCUGGAGAAGAAUGACCAGAUCCUAGAGGUUUUGUUGAGGCCACUAAAAGCCCUGUGCUCCUUCCAGCUGCAGCAUGGUGCUCAGAUUCAUCACAGCAAAGAGCACCUGCUCAGGAACGGCAUGUACGACAAACCCAUGCCCAAGAACAAACGCAAGAUAAAGAGGAUGGAGAAACUCAUCACAGACCACAACAUCUGCCCAAGAUGAGGAAUGAACGGACUAAAGAGAGGAGUUAGAUUUGUUUGGGAGUCAGCUGACUUGGACUGAAACACCGGGUACACACGUGCAAACAACCAAACUUUUUAACUUUUCAAACGUUUGAAUUAUGUUGUUCUAUUGAAUAUUUAUUAUGAAUUCUAAACUAUUUCAAAACUGGGAGUAUUUUAGUAUUUAUUGAGCCAGACAUCUCACUGCUGAUGUGAAACUAGCUUAUAAAGUUUCAUGUUAGAUAAAAAAAAGAGAAAACAGCCCUUCUACAGCCCACCUGCAGAAGGGCUGAUUCAGUUCAUGUUGAUGAGCAGGCUUCAAAAAAAAAAAAAAACAACAGUAAAAUUACCAAAGAUUAAAACUUGUGUCAGUUACAAAUGUAUAUUAUUCAUGUUUAUUUUCACGAUCACCAUAACUUAAAAACGUGUCAUUAUAAAAGCAUUUUGAUGCUUUAUUAGACCUAGAAUGGCCAAAGAUAGGAUUUACACGUCUAAUAAAAAAUGUGUUUCCUUCACUAAAAACACAACUGGUAAAUUUCAGAUUCAUAAAUAUUAGGUCGACGCACAAAAAUGAACUUUUGAAUGAUUAAGAUCACAGAUGAUGAAAUCAUGUUGAAGGGCUUUGUGUAAGUUGGUGUCACGUUUUGAUAAAUAACAUAAUUUGAAAUUUUGAGGAUAAACUACAGUUUGUACAUUAAUGACAGACACUUUUUAAAUUUCGGUUAUGUUUGUAAAGAUCAGUUUAAGGUUAGUGGUGUACCUGUAAACAAUCCCCCAUUUACAAUUAUCACAUUUAACUUAUAGAACCGUUCAUGGAGUAGAAAUGUUUUUAUUUAUCUUUGUAAAUGUACAAACAAAUGUCAAAAUCUAGUCAUUGACAUAUAAAUCUAAUAAACUAAAAGCUCUU